CUGCCAGAGGCUAGGGUUGUGGGGCACAGUCAUGCAUUUACAAAGACUCCUUCUGACUGUUGCAGUCACCCACUACUUCUGCACAGCGCGGGGGGAUGGACUCUCGUCUCUCCAAAUUGCCUGAGAGUCCAGAGUUUUAAAGGCAGCCCAGCCCCAGGAGCAGUGACAAUGAGAGACAGCAGUGACAUUGCUCCAUGUUUUCUACAGAUGUGAUGAAAAGGAAAACCCAUCUAGUUAGCGACUGACCUUGUCUAUCAGUAAAAUUCCAUUUACAGGAUCUGUCAUGUCACCCUUUCUUCGGAUUGGCUUAUCAAACUAUGACAGCGGCCCCUACCUGCCAUCACAAGGGGAGGUGAUUAAUCCUUAUUGUGCGGUGAUGGUCAAAGAAGCAGAGGAAUCAGAGAAUGGCCAGGUGUACGUCCAAAAGAAGCCCACCAUGUACCCACCCUGGAACAGCACGUUUGAUGCCCAUAUCAACAAGGGUAGAGUCAUGCACAUUGUUGUGAAGGACAAAAGCGCGGAAAUGGUUUCAGAAACCACAGUCGAACUCAACGUACUGGCGGACAGAUGCAAGAAGACCAAUGGGAAGAUAGAAAUAUGGCUAGACUUGAAACCUCAAGGGAGAAUGCUAAUGAAUGCAAGAUACUUCCUGGAAAUGAGUGAUGCUAGAGAGCUGAUUAACUUCGAGACAGAGGGGUUUUUCUCCUUGCAUCAGCGCCGGGGAGCCAUCAAGCAAGCCAAAAUUCACAACGUCAAAUGUCAUGAGUUCACUGCUACCUUUUUCCCGCAACCCACAUUUUGCUCUGUCUGCCAUGAGUUCGUCUGGGGUCUUAACAAACAAGGCUACCAGUGCAGGCAAUGCAAUGCUGCCAUUCAUAAGAAGUGUAUUGAUAAAGUGAUAGCUAAGUGCACAGGAUCAGCAAUCAAUAGCAGAGAAACAAUGUUCCACAAGGAGAGGUUUAAGAUAGACAUGCCUCACCGGUUUAAGGUCUACAACUAUAAGAGCCCGACAUUCUGCGAGCACUGUGGCACGCUUCUUUGGGGCCUGGCGAGGCAAGGGUUAAAGUGUGACGCAUGUGGCAUGAACGUCCAUCACAAGUGCCAGACAAAAGUGGCAAACCUUUGUGGAGUUAACCAGAAACUCAUGGCCGAAGCACUGGCAAUGAUAGAGAGCACCCAGCAGGCUCGCUGUUUGCGUGACACUGAACAGAUCUUCAGAGAAGGACCUAUUGAAAUUGGCCUUCCUGUUCCUAUGAAAGAAGUAACUCUGCUUCAGUCUGUGCCAGCACCUGCAACUGGGAAAAGAGAGCCACAGGGAAUCUCCUGGGAGACGCCGGUGGAAGACGUGACAAGCCCCGAGUCUCUCAUAGAAUCAGAAUCAGGGAAAGACCAGAAGUCUGAGCAGCUGAAAUUAACAAUCGACGAUUUUGUCUUACACAAAAUGUUGGGAAAGGGAAGCUUUGGCAAGGUCUUCCUUGCUGAGUUAAAGAACACGGAUCAGUUUUUCGCUGUGAAGGCUCUGAAGAAGGAUGUGGUUUUGAUGGACGAUGACGUCGAAUGCACCAUGGUGGAAAAGAGAGUCCUCUCCUUAGCUUGGGAGCACCCGUUUCUAACCCAUGUGUAUUGUACAUUCCAAACCAAGGAAAACCUCUUUUUUGUAAUGGAAUAUCUAAAUGGAGGAGACCUAAUGUUUCAUAUCCAAAGCUGUCACAAGUUUGACACCGCCAGAGCAACGUUCUAUGCUGCUGAAAUCAUUUGUGGUCUGCAAUUUCUUCAUUCUAAGGGAAUAAUAUACAGAGAUUUGAAGCUGGAUAACGUUCUGUUAGACAAGGACGGGCAUAUCAAAAUCGCUGACUUUGGGAUGUGUAAGGAGAACAUGUUCGAAGAUGCAAAGACAAGCACUUUCUGUGGAACCCCUGAUUACAUUGCUCCCGAGAUUUUGCUGGGACAGAAAUACAACACUGCAGUUGACUGGUGGUCCUUUGGUGUCCUUCUGUAUGAGAUGCUGAUUGGCCAGUCUCCUUUCCAUGGCCAAGAUGAAGAGGAGCUUUUCCAGUCCAUCCGCAUGGAUAAUCCAUUCUACCCUCGCUGGCUCAAUAAGGAUGCAAAAGACAUCCUAGUGAAGCUUUUCGUGAGAGAACCUGAGAGGCGGCUCGGAGCAAAGGGGAACAUCCGCCAGCACGCCUUUUUCCAGGAGAUAAACUGGGAGGUUUUAGAAGAGCGGGCGAUGGAGCCACCAUUCAAACCCAGAGUGAAAUCCGCAAGUGACUGUAGCAACUUUGACAAGGAGUUUCUCAAUGAAAAACCUAGACUGUCGUGUGCAGACAGAGCGCUGAUUAAUAGCAUGGACCAGAACAUGUUCAGCAACUUUUCAUUUGUGAACCCUAAAAUGGAGAGGAUGUUAUCCUGAGAUCUGCCCUCCCCAGCACCUUCCUUGCUAAAGGAAUUCGGUGAAUUGAUUUGAGUAACACUUCUAUCAGCUGAAAACCAAGAAUGGUUCAUUUGGACGAGGACCUGAACAGAAGCACUCUCCAGUGAAAGCUGAUACUGUGUUUGUGGGUUUCCACCUGGUUGUAUCCUGUAGCAGAUGCCAAACGUAUUUCACUAAUGACCAACUCUCUUUCUGGUCUCUCUUGGUCUCACUCUCUUUUCUGGAUGCUCUUGAAUUUGAAGGCGAUAGAAAAGGAGUAGGUACAAAAUCCUGUUCACCUUAUUCACACACAUAGCCAGUGGGACUCUUCGUGUGAGUAAGACAACCGCAUUUCGGCCCUAGCGGCGCGUCUCAGAUUUGCUACUCCAGUGUCUAGUCCUGACGUUCUUAUUGAGGCAAAACUUUCAUUGAGUAAAGAGUUGUGUGUUCAAGAAUUGGACCUCUUAGAAGGCUACCUUUCCAGGUGGGUCUCUUUUCAGCCCCCACCUGUGCACCUGUAAAAUUGUAUGUCCACCUAUGUGCACUUGGCAAAGACAAACACCGGCCUGCACUCUUUAAAAACGCCUUUAUCUAAGCAAAAGUUAGAAUUUGCCCUCACAAAAAAGCCUUGAGACAGAUGGGCUUUGCGGGUGCAAAUUCCACCCCUUGCAUGCACAUAAAUGUUAGAUUUGCCUAGGUGUGCAGGCAGGGAUUUACACUUGUGCAGUCUGGGGACGUGAUCUUCAAACCACAGACUAAACAUCACGCUCUAGGUCAAUGCACUGAGGCUCAGCUCUGAGCUUUAUUCAUUGCACCUGCAUUGUAUGGGUGGGUCUGUGCUUCAAGCUGGGGGUGUGAUUCGCAGCUCGAGGAGACGUACCCACGCUAGCUCUGCUUGAGCUAAUGCGCUAAACUUAGAGCAUGUCUGCGGCGCCACAAGCAGCGCGAGGAUCAAACUGCCUCAAGUUCAUGCCUAGCAUCUCAGCCAUGUACAUACUCAGGUAGGCUACCCCUAGGGUGACCAGCUGUCCCGAUUUUAUAGGGACAGUCUCGAUUUUUGGGUCUUUUUCUUUUAUAGGCUCCUAUUA